GCCGCCGCCGGAAAAACCCGAGCCGGAGCCGCCGCCCCGAGGGACUCCGCCAUGAGCAAGCCGGCGGGAUCCACAAGCCGGAUUUUAGACAUCCCGUGCAAAGUGUGUGGGGACCGCAGCUCCGGCAAGCACUACGGCGUCUAUGCCUGCGACGGCUGCUCCGGGUUUUUCAAGCGAAGCAUCCGAAGGAACCGCACUUACGUCUGCAAAUCUGGGAACCAGGGAGGCUGCCCAGUGGACAAGACGCAUAGGAAUCAAUGCAGGGCAUGUCGGCUGAAGAAAUGCUUGGAAGUCAACAUGAAUAAAGACGCUGUUCAACAUGAAAGGGGACCAAGAACGUCCACAAUAAGGAAACAAGUCGCUCUGUAUUUCAGAGGACAUAAGGAGGAUAAUGGAGCCACGCCACAUUUCCCCUCUGCAGCUCUACCUGCCCCAGCUUUCUUCACUGCUGUUACUCAGCUGGAACCUCACAAUCUAGAACUGGCUGCAGUUUCUACAACAUCUGAAAGGCAGACCUUGGUGGGUCUGGCUCAACCAACUCCAAAGUACCCGCACGAAGUCAGUGGCACUCCCAUGUAUCUCUACGAAGUGGCUACUGAAUCUGUUUGUGAGUCUGCGGCAAGGCUUCUCUUCAUGAGCAUCAAAUGGGCUAAAAGUGUCCCUGCUUUUUCUACCCUAUCAUUACAAGAUCAGCUGAUGCUUUUGGAAGACGCUUGGAGGGAACUGUUUGUUCUAGGAAUAGCACAAUGGGCCAUUCCAGUUGAUGCUAACACUCUACUGGCUGUAUCUGGAAUGAAUGGAGACAACACAGAUUCUCAAAAGCUGAAUAAGAUUAUCUCAGAAAUACAGGCUUUACAAGAGGUUGUGGCUAGAUUUAGACAGCUUCGGUUAGAUGCUACAGAAUUUGCCUGUCUCAAAUGCAUCGUCACUUUUAAAGCUGUACCUACGCAUAGCGGUUCUGAACUCAGAAGUUUUAGAAAUGCUGCCGCCAUAGCAGCUCUUCAAGAUGAAGCUCAGCUCACCCUGAACAGCUACAUUCAUACUAGGUACCCCACACAGCCCUGUCGCUUUGGGAAACUCUUGUUGCUUUUGCCAGCUUUACGUUCGAUUAGUCCCUCCACAAUAGAAGAAGUAUUUUUCAAAAAAACCAUUGGGAAUGUGCCAAUCACAAGACUGCUUUCAGAUAUGUACAAAUCCAGUGACAUCUAGACUGACCUGGGGGGGCGGGGCAAAUGAGAAUGAUCAGGGUCACCAUUUCUGAAGAACUUCUCGAUCAAUGGAGAGCAAGCCUCAGCUAACAAACUCUACAAGAAGCUGGAGCCUGGAAACGUUUUAACCUAGUGACAAAAUAUACCCAAUAGAUAUGGUUUUGCGGCCUUGAACAGAGCAACUUUAAGUCCUUGGGGGUGCGGGUGGAGAAAUACUGUGCUCCAUGGAAAAACCUGCUGUAGAAUGAACUUGGCUGCUGCUUCUCCUAGUGGAGCCAAUUCACUUGUCAUUCAUAGUUAAAAAAGGCUGUGCUAGUCUGCCAUUUAGUUGGCAGAUGUGACAAGGUAAAGAAGAAGGUCCUUUAGGGUUGUUGUUUCUUCAUACUUUGAAAAAUGGGGUAACCAAACAUUGUUCUGUCGUCAUGUGUCAUGAGGUGGCCUUCAAAAAUGGUUUGUUUUUUUAAGUAGCUUGUUUAAGUGAAUGCUUUUUAUGAGAGGUAACACUGAAUACCAGGUUAUAGAAACAUUUGCUUCAUCUGUAACGUAAUAAUAAAAGUGGCCUUCAUCAUGGAUUUUUAAGACGUACGCUGGCAAAUACCUUUUGAAUUCAAUAGGCUAUGCCUCCUUGUUAAAAACAACGCAGGGGUGGACUUCACGUCUAAGUCUGGCCAACAUUUCAGUUUGGAUUACCAUCUCAGACAGAAGAGCUUUAAAUAAAAAGUUGUUUUUCUUUUCUUUUUUUAAAAAAAAUGCAUGUUAAGCGAAGACUAAACAGCAAAACCAAAUAAAAGAAAAAGGAGAGGAUUGAUACAGCAAACUGAUAGCUGUCCCACUGGCAUAGUGCUGAAACCAAAGGCAACGGUGGUCAAACUCUUUGUCAAUGAGAUGCGCAAAAAAGGUACCUGACUUAUAAUAUAAACAGUUUUGAACCGUCUCACAAUGGAAGAAAAGGAUGGUUGAUCAAUACAAACCUAAUACUCUAGCAGCUUUUUAGAAAAGUCCAGGUUCUAAUAAAAGCCUCUCUCUCACACCACUCCUCACAAAACACACAUAUUAUGAGCUGCUUAAUUUGAUGAGAAUACACUUAUGGAAAUGUAGGGGGAAUUAAAAGAUAACUGCUGUACUUUUCAAGUUUUUAUUUGUUUUAGGAACUAGCACUGAGAAAGGAGAACCAGCACUUGAAGUAUCAUAGAAUGAGUAAAACUUCUCUUGUACAAAAAUGGAUUAACUGAUUUGUGAAGUUAAGGUUGUACUCAUUGUAUUUACAAAGAAUAAAAAAUAUAUUAAGUUUAAAA